AUGCCAAUAUCACAUUGGGGCAUUUCGGUAACUCACAUUCCAUCGGCCACUUCGUUCUAUCUUGCUGCGCUCCAGCCCUUGGGAUAUCGCUUUAUUGGCCAUCAGGGCGAUUCGAUUGGUCUUGGGAUCGAUUCUGCCGAUUUCUUCAUCACUCAGGCGCCUAUUGGCACACGACCUGCGCCGAACCACAUUGCCUUUCUUGCGGAGAGUAGAUUGAUCGUAAGAGAGUGCUAUGCGGCUGCACUGAACUCUGGAGCCUACCCGAGCGGAUCACCAAAGUACCGGAACGAGGAGUGCGAAUGCUUCAACGCUGCUGUAGAGGACCUGGAUGGAAACACGAUCGAGUUCAUCUUUCGACAGCCGCAUGGCGAGGGAAAGUGCUGCGGUACGGUUGCGCCUGCGGAAGAUCAGAAAGUCAUCACUUGGCAGAAGGACGUCGAGGAGGGUGUGCCGGAGGAAGACGCGCAAUCUGUCGCACGGUCCCAGGCAUCAGGUGGAACUCUCGCAUCGCAAGCGUCGAAAGCCAAGUCGAGAAUGCAGACCGCAAUGGACCUUGUCUCGAAUACAUCGAAAUCAGUGAAGUCGGACACACCCAGCCAGGCCAUUUCUCGGACCAACACCGCUCCAGCGAAGCCCGACUUCCCGGCCAAAGGACUGAUUGGUAUAGCCUUGGGCGCUGCUGCUGGCGCGGGAUUGAUGUAUGCGUUGCAUAGAGCGGAGUCGAGAAAUGCACAAGAAGAGUCCGAGCAUAUGGCCUACAUGUCGUCUAAGAAUUCAAGGCGUCAGUCUGUCGCUGGCACUGUCAGACCGCCGCCACCGAAAGCAGAGACUGUAAAGGAAUCAAUAGCUCCGCCACCACCUCCGCCAUCUCCGCCAUCUUCAAAGCACGAUACGAGGAAGUUCCACCGCAAUUUCAGUACGACAGAGUCCGCAUACAGCCGGAGACCGCCACCACCAGAAACACGAGCAAUGCGCAUGAUCGCAGACACGGGCUACAACAAGGACGACGAAGACGUUCAAGAAGUGCUGAGCCGGUACACCACGAUGCGACCGCACGCGACCAGAAAUCGAGACGAUGAAAUCGAAUAUGCCCCAGCAUCAAGAGCGCCGCGAAGCGACGCACCCUCAGGACAUAGCAUAAAACGCGCCAAUACUCUUCCAGUCGGUGCCCUCGAAGAUCGCCCAAACUACUACCUCGAAGCACCUCCAGCAAAAUCCAGUGCCUCCAGAUACGCAAGCCGACAUGGAUCCACGUCGGGCUCACAUUACGAUCGCCGCAGCAGCCACGACGACGCCAACCUCAAACGCCACGACAGUGGCGUCAGCAUGCAUUCCUCCCAUCGCAGCCACCGCGACCGCGAUCGAGACAGCGAAGCCGGCAGGAGAUCCUCUGCAAGCACCAUCAAACCCUCCCGCCGAGACUCCAAGUACGACGAUGUCCAAGCCGCGGUCGAAGCAGCAGUAGGCAAGAAAGCCGCAUCAAAAGCCCCAAGCUCCUGCUACUACCCAGCCGCCAUAUCCCUCCCACCCUCCAAAGCAGAUUCUCGCAGCGACCGAGAGCGCGAUCGGGAUGGGGAUCACUCCCACGCAGGUUCAAAGGCACCGACCUACAUCUCCCCGCGCGACGCCCAGAUCCCACCCCUCGAGGCCGUAGAAAGCAAACAGAGCUGGGAAGAUUUCGCCGGCGAGGAGAGUGACGGGCUAGGGGAUGUCAGGACUGUUAUGCCAGAUGAUAGCAUCUCUUGUGUUGAUCUCAGUAAGCGGAGACGGAAACACCAUAGUUCGAGGAGGGGUGAGGCGGGGAGUGAGAGGACUGUGAGGCCGGCGAGGAAGGAGAAGGAGAGGGAGCGUGGGAGUCGGUAUAGUGAUGCUAAGCUGACUGCGAUACCGUAUCGGGGGAAGGAGAGGGAGGGGAAGAGGAGUAUUUUGGGGUUUGCGUAG